CAGCUCAGCUUGAAGCUACUGCUGGUGGUAGGGGCCAAAAGCGUGCCUCAGUCCUGACACUAGCAUUUCAGGCUCAUUAGAAGGAGCACAUGCAAUGCUGGACACCUAAAGACCCAACUCUGAUGAUACCUAGCGAGGGAGCUGCUCAUCAAACCACGCAAUACAGCAGUACCUUACUCAGGUUAUAGUAACACCCAAGGCACAAGGUUGCCAGUGCCAGUGGUUAGGUGCCCGGCAGGGGCACCGCAUGAUCGACGUCACAUGACAUGCCAGCCCGGCCGGAAACUGGAGAAAGAUUGAUCCGACAUGAUAAUUCGAUAUACAACAAAAUAUUUCACGUCAAGCACGAGUCACUGGGCCACUGUCUCUAUCCCUUCGAGGUCCCUCAGGCUGUCUACAUGUAUAUUUCCACAGAAUCGUCAUUUUCGUCCACUUUCGUCUUCAAGGCACAGGAGGAGGAGGAUGUCCGAGGAUGAGGCCGACCCGGAACUACAGGCACUUCUCCGCGAGUCUCUCGGGCUUGGGCCAGGCUCGUGCAAGGCUCUUCCAUCUUCGACUGGGGUGUUGAAGUCAGCAGAAUAUAUCUGUGAUAAUGCCAUCGACGUGGCGAUUUCGCCUGACGGCACUCGUGCGGCCGCAGAGACGAUAUGGCAACUGAUGCAGAAAAAGCAUUACUCGACCGAAACGUGGUCGUCGCACGAACUGCAUCCGCAAGCCAAGGACGAGAAUACGGUCAACUUCAUCUUCACCAUGAACCUGCUCAACUUUUCGUUCUGGUCCGAGCUAUCUCCCGAAGAGCGCUUUGCCAUUGACUACCGAGGCCGCCGAUGGACGGGGUAUUGGUCGCUGGUGGCGGCGUUGCAGAGGGCAUUAGAUGAAGGCUACCCGAUCACAACCCCAUCCUUUUGGCACGACCGCCACUCCAGCCCAGACAGUCUUCUAUCACACAUAUUCCGAUCCGCAACAGCCGAGCCCAUCCCCUUACUCGCGGAACGAAUAUCAAUCCUCCGCGAAGCAGGCGACAUCCUAUGCAGCGACAAGUUCCACGGCCGACCCGUGACCCUGAUUUCCCAAGCAGAACACUCAGCCUCGCGACUCGUCAACCUACUUGCCCAAACCUUCCCCAACUUCCGCGACACCACAACAUUCCACGGGCGCGAGGUACGCCUGUACAAGCGGGCGCAGAUCCUAGUCGCCGACUUGUGGGCCUGUUUCAACGGCGUUUCGUACGGCCACUUCGACGACAUUGGCCAAUUGACCAUGUUUGCCGACUACCGUAUCCCGCAGAUGCUGCAAGGGCUAGGUUGUCUGCUGUACUCGCCACGUCUCGAGUCGCGCGUCCGUCGCUUGCAACUCUUGCGGCCGGGCGAGGACAUGGAGGUCGAGAUCCGCGGCUGCAGCAUCUGGUGCGUCGAGCUGCUGAGACGACAAAUCGAAUCCAGGCAUCCCGAAGCAAAGGGAAAAAUCAACGCCGUGCUCAUUGAUUUCUUCCUCUACGAUUCCUGUAAGGAGAUGGAAUCCCGCUCCCAGUCCCAGUCCCAUCACCGUACUGGUGGUCCUCCUCCUCCUGCUUCUGGUGACAUUCACGGCAUGUUGCCCCAUCAUCGCACCAGGUCCAUUUUCUACUAAACGAAAAUUCGUGCUUUUCCCUGGUCUCGGUCCGACUCUUUCGGUUCCUGUUUUUUCGGUUGUAAUAUAGGGCCGGUUAGACUUCAAAAGUGUUAUGUUUGGCCUGGUUGGAAUAUAUCGGUGCCUACGGGUUGGUUGGUGAACUGUUGCUGUUAUAGAUCAUAUGUUUGGGUGGUCUGGUGGAUUUCACAUCUGGCGUUGUUGAAAAGACCGAGGAAAGCGACAUAGAACACUUACAGGAUGACUACACAGUCGGGCAAAAAUCGUUCAGAGUUCCUAAUGGUCUUGUUCUCACAGUAUCAUUAUAUUUAUUGUUCCGUCUUCAGAACAAUGAUUGAGUUUUCCAAA